CUGGGCUUUGAUUGUGGGGAAGAAAGGGAAAACAAUAGAAAAAUUAAACAAUGGCAAUGGUUUUGGGGAAACCAACACUUUUUUCAGCUUGUGACUAUAGCCAGAAGAAGAAUCAAGGUGGUGGAGGUUCUUUGUAUUCUAAGAGAAUUCCUGGGUUUUGUUGUAACAGAAAUAGAUUUACUUCCUUGAAGAUGAAAUCUAUGGCUUUGAGGUGUGAUUUCAAUCAGCAAAGAAUGGCCUAUUUGGAGAGGGAAUUUUUGAACAGGAGAAGGUUUCAUCAAAUUCCCAUUAAAGCACAGUGGAAUCAGAUGCAAAGUGGGCUUAUUGGUAAAACUCCGAAGUGGUGGGAGACAGGGCUGCAACCAAAUAUGAAAGAAAUGACAUCUGCACAAGACCUUGUGGACUCUCUGUUGAAUGCUGAUGAUAAACUUGUUAUAGUAGAUUUCUACUCUCCCUCCUGUGGGGGCUGCAAGGCUCUUUUUCCCAAGAUUUGUCGAUUGGCGAAGAUGAACCCAGAUUUGCAGUUUCUUCAGGUGAAUUAUGAGAAACACAAAUCCAUGUGUUAUACCCUUAAUGUCCAUGUGCUGCCUUUCUUCCGAUUCUAUAGAGGAUCUCAGGGCCGUGUAUGCCAGUUUAGCUGCACCAACGCAACGAUCAAAAAGUUCAAGGAUGCAUUGGCCAAGUACGCAACAGACGGAUACAGCCUUGGGCCGGCAAAAGGUCUCGACGAGAAGGAGCUAUCGGCAUUAGCAGCCAACAAAGACCUUUCCUUUACCUACAAACCAAAACCAGUCCAACCCGAUCCGAAUCCUGUUCCUGAAAAGGAAGAUACCCCGGUAUUGAAAACAUGCUUAAACCCUAUAGAGAGUGAGGAGAAAAGCAUUGUUGAUGCUGGGGGAUGA